GCGCUUGAAUACUUUUGGACUCCUUAGGCCACCGUCGCCGGGUCCUCCAUCGACUCUUGCGCAUGCGUGCUGCUGGAAGGCUCUCCGUUUCUCCGAGAACCGGGAAGGACGUUGGUGUAGAGGACAUUGGCUACCAUGAGUUCCGGUGCGCUGUUGCCCAAACCACAGAUGCGUGGUCUUCUGGCCAAGCGUCUGCGGGUUCAUAUUGCUGGCGCAUUCAUUGUGGCCCUGGGAGUUGCCGCUGCCUAUAAGUUUGGCGUGGCUGAGCCAAGAAAGAAGGCGUAUGCAGAAUUCUACAGAAAUUAUGAUUCCAUGAAAGAUUUCGAAGAGAUGAGGAAGGCUGGUAUCUUUCAGAGUGCCAAGUGAUUUCAGAAUGCAAAGAAUUCUUUGGAUUGCGCUCCAAAGAAGUUCAUUGCUGACCUGCGCUCCUGAACUAUGAAACAUGAAUAUGUGUGGGCUAAGGAAUAGUUUCUUUCAAUAAACAGUAAUUAUAUGGACAGUAA